UACCUUGAAGACUUCGAGGUUGCCCCCCUGGAGUCUGCGGAGGAUGGAGGACAUGGUUAUUGACGGAGGUGGGAUGAUGCACAGAGGGACAGAUGGAUUGGUCGAUAUAUGGGUUUGUUCUGUUCCCUAGUAUAUCUUCCUUGGGUACCCCAAAUCCUGACGUGAGAUUGAGUAUGCUAAUAUUCGAGAUCCGGUGUUCUGAGCCGUGCUCCGACGACAAAUUAUCUGGAUCGUCCGAUACCACCAAAGAUCGGAUUAUUAUCACGGAGCUUCCGAGACGCCCCAUGCCGGAUUGCAAACUGAGCAAACGUCCCACGUGCCAAGAAUCAUGUGAUCUGUCUUACUCAUCGCCGGUCGGCUUCCCGGAAACCGAGGCUCACAGCCUCGGUCCGUCGGUUUCCCCGCAUACAAAGAAACCGUUAUGGCUGAUCCCUGUCGGGGGGAGGAGUCCACCUCCUUAUCUGACAGUUAGGGGCGGAUUUAUCCUGGGGUGGACUGUGAAUUGCUUUUUAAAAUCUUUGCUCCCUCGCAGUACCUGCGUUUGCUGUCACUUCUUAGACUUGCUUUUUGCAGCCGUUCAACAACCACGCCCCGCAUACUUAUCUCUCGGCCAAGCGUAUCAAUUCUCCGACAAUCAUUAACUAUAGACCCCAUCACAUCACAUCACAUCACAUCCCAUCUCACCCCUAAUUACCAACUUUCUAUCACAAACAACUCAUCCCUCACCAUGGCCACCGAAGACCCCAUCAAAGUCACUUACCAGGGCCGU